CAAAAAAAAUAUACGCAAUUUUAUGUAAUGUUUAUCAUCAAAAUUAACUGAAGUUUCGUAGUAAAUGUUUAAAUUCAGAUUGUAAAGUGUAUUUUUUGCAAGCGGUAAACUUAUCUAUUCGUCGUGGAUCCCAACGUCAGCGUCGAGAUGUGCACAGGUGAAGCCUGGCGCACUCCUGGGGUGGCCCGCUCGCCCUCGCACGAGUCAGUGACCACCGAGCUGUCACUGUUCAGCGUAUCCUCUGCGGCGUCAGAUGCCAGGAUGCUCCGGUUGUUGGCUUGCAAGGCAGGCCAAGGGCCAGAUCCCACCUUGAGGGUGGCGAGUCCAAAUCCCGAGGGGAAACUGAUCAAGCGCGGCUCGUGUUCGCUGCAGUCGGCGGACGCGUGUCGCGAGCUGCUAGCCGGCUGUGCGGCGCUGUGCUCGCAGCUGGGCCUACGCCGCUCCUUCAGCGCGGGGGACGUGGCCGCGCCGCCCGCCUGCCGGCCCACGCGCAGCGCGACUUCAGAAGUGGGAUUGUGCGCGGCGCUCGAGGCGCUGACGAUGACCGCCGCGUCGCGUUCCUGCAGCACGUGGGUCGCCGGCGGUUCUCAGCUGCCCUCCCCCCAGCGGUCGCACCCCGCGCAACCCCCCCAGAGGUCUCUGCCCAGCGACAACAAAAAGGUUCGCCAGAACUACAUCAAGCGGCGCUUACUGACCACGUACCGUGCUCUGGAGAGAAUGUCGCAGUCCGACUUCAACUUAGACAAACUUGAGGCUGUAGCGUCCGCUGCCGUGGACAACGCAGACCCGGGGCCAACCACGCUGGCCGUGCCGCCGAAACCCAUCCCCAAGUUCGUGCAUCCAGAAGCCGCUCAGCUUGCUCUCACAGCGGCUGACCUUGAACGCGAAAGAGGACGUCCCCUCUCCAAAUACGAGAGGAACAUGAUGAUAUUCAACUGGCUCCACACCCUAGACGAAGCUGCUCCGUUUUAAACACGCGUUCUGCGUCGUUCCAUCGCGUUCUGUAUCGUUCCAUCGCGUUCUGUAUCGUUCCAUCGCGUUCUGUGUCGUUCCAUUAAGUUCUUACGUGUUUCUAUCGUUUCCGGCAGCUUUUAUUGUGUUUAUUCUAUAAGUUUAUGAAACACGUACUGAAAACACAUAAGAAUGUGUUUUGGACGUGUAUAAUUACAAAAUAAGCUUAUAAAGUACAAUUCGUCUCAUAUUUUAUUGCUUUAAUGUAAUAUAUGUAUUUUUUUCUAAAGUAUUAACGGAACUUAAUGAUGUUCAGCUGCUUCCUUCCAAGAGUCCGCUCCGUUGUAUUAAUACGUUCAAAAUAAGACGGCUUUAAAUUCGUUCCAUGGUGAUCUGAAUCGCAACAUCGUGCUUUGCGCUAACCGGCAGUUUAUAUGGUUUUCUAAUACAUUUAUGAACGAUCUGAUUGCGUUCCAUUGCGUCCAAUACUGCUUCUUCUAUUGUUUCCAUUGCGCGCGCUCAUAUUUUUAUAUGUUAUAAAGUAUAAUUUUAAAAAU